AUGAGACUGUUGCGAGCCGCUUUGCGGCAGUCAUGCCGGCCAUGGCAACCAAAAACACAGCCGUUCAGGAUACAGCCGCGAGCCUAUGUCACGAGUGUCUCGGCGGCCGAGCUGGACUUUGGUCAGCCUGUCUAUGAGACUCACCCUCACCUGCUCAAGCCGGGCGAGAUAACGCCCGGCAUCACUGCCCAAGAAUAUGCCGACCGCCGUGCCAAGUUCGCCUUCAGCCUACCAGCCGGCGCCGUGGCCGUGUUGCCCUCCGCUGAGAUCAAGUAUCGCUCGGGCGCCGUCUUCUAUCCCUUCCGCCAGGAAUCCAAUUUCCUGUACCUGACCGGCUUCUCUGAGCCCAACUCGCUGGCUGUCAUCCGCAAGACCGGCCCGGGUAUGGGCGACUACACAUUUCACCUCUUCUGCCGCCCGAAGGAUCCGUACGCCGAGCAGUGGUCGGGCCCCUGGUCUGGCCUGCAAGCCGCUGAGGACGUCUUCAACGCCGAUGAGGCCUGUGAUAUCAACCAGCUGACUGCGCUGCUGCCGUCUCUCAUCCGCGAUGCUACGGUAAUCGUCACCGAUUUCUCAACCUCAGAGUCCAAGUCCCCCCUGAUGGCUGCCUUUCGCACCUCCUUUCCCACUAAAAACACGCCCAUCACCCCGCUCACCCCGCUCAUCAACCCCCUCCGAGCAAUCAAGUCACCCGCCGAGAUAGCCGUCAUGCGGCAUGCUGGCAUGGUGUCAGGCCGGGCCAUUACCCAGGCCAUGCGCCGGCCCUGGUCCACCGAAAAAGACCUCGAGUCCUACCUCUCCUAUGCCUUCACCCAGCACAACCUGUCCGGGCCGGCCUACGUGCCCGUCGUGGCGGGUGGCCGUCGCGGCUGCAUGAUCCAUUACGUGCACAACAACGCCUUGCUGGAGCAGGACGAGAUGAUCCUUGUCGACGCGGGCGGCGAGUACGGUUGGUACAUUACCGACAUCACGCGUACGUGGCCCGCCAGCGGCAAGUUCAGCGCGGCGCAGAGGGACCUGUACUCGGCCGUGCUGGUCGCGCAGCGCGAAGGUAUCAAGAUGUGCCGUGAGCAGCUGGGCAUGUCUCUGGACGAGAUCCACCGUGCGACCGAGGCCAUACUGGAGACUGAACUGGAGAAACUGGGCUUCGACUUUGGCCUGGGCAAGGGUAUGUUCGGCAAGGGGGGCGAUCUGAUGGGCACGCUGUUCCCUCACCAUGUCGGUCAUUACAUUGGUCUGGAUGUUCACGAUGUACCGGGUUACCCACGGUCGUUGCCGCUGAGGGCCGGACACUGCGUCACCAUCGAACCAGGGGUCUACGUCCCGAAUGAUGAGGCCUUCCCGAAGCAUUUCCGUGGGUUGGCCGUUAGGAUAGAGGAUAGUGUGUGUGUCGGUGAGAACGAAUGCAUCGUCUUGACUGCCGAAGCGGUCAAAGAAGUGGAGGAUAUCGAGGCAUUGAGGUAG